AUGGUAGAAAUUAAAACCACUCCUUCUGGUAUUAGUGCAACUACUACAACAACUGCAGGUACCAAAGAUGUUACCAAUGUCACUGUGGAAAGUAAGGCCAUUGAUCAAACCGUAGAACAAUUUGAAAACCUUGUCAAUCAAGGUGAAAUUCCAUCCAAUACUCAAUUAUUACAAGGUGUUGAGCAAGUACAACAAGUAUUGGAAAAGACUUCAAGUUACAUUACACAAGCACCCAAUGCACAGAAUAUUCAGAAACGUACUCUUCACUUGUUAGACAUUGUCAAGGAUUUGAUUCAAGAGAAGAAUCCCAAUGAUACUCUUCAAAGAUUUGUUUCCUUAACGAAUAAGAUUAUUCGUAAAUAUGCUGAUCAAGUCAAAGAUAUCACUCAAGAGACAAGUCAACAAUUGAGUGGUACCUCUCAAGACGUGAUUUCAAGUUCAAGUCAAACCUUGGAACAACAAGUGAGAGAAAAACAACCUCAAGUACAAGAGACCUUGUAUGAUGCUGUUCGAAACUUUAGUAAUUUCAUCUUUGAAUUGUUUCGAUCUCCUCACUUUCGAUUACUCAUGAUUGAUACGUUGAAUUAUUUGAGAGUACUCUUUAGAAGUAAUUUGAAGAGUAUUGAGAGACAAACCGAUGAAGGAUUGAAGCAAGCAAUUCAAAGACUUGUCAAUACUUUCCAAGAUGAAGAGAUUGAGGAGAAGGUGAGUGAAUAUGUUGAGAGUGCCAAAGACAAGGUCUUGAAAGAAGGUGUUCCACAAUUGCCUGGUGUCUCUGAACAAACCAAGAAGGAGAUUCAAUCGGAUUGGUCCAAACCACUCAUUCAAGUUGGCUCUCAGAAAUCAAGUCAACAACAGGAACCACAAGCCUCCUCAACACAAAAACAACGCCAAGAAGAACAUGAACAACUACUACACGACGAGAAGAAGAUGGUCGAUGAGAAUGUACCUAGUGAUGAACAAAUCUCUCUUCAAAAAGAUGUUGAACAAAAAGAACAAUUAGAGGAUCAACUCUUUGAUCGAUUCAAUCAACUCAUUCAAGAAUUCUCUCAAAAUCCAUCCUAUAAGAAAUCCGUGUUAGGCUUCUUCAAUAUCUUUGAUCAAUUGAAGAAUAUUCUUGUAGAGAGUGUAUCUGAACAGAAAGAACAAGCCAAAGAAAGUUUGGAACAAGUGAAGAAUGAUUUGACUGAACAAACCUCUCAAUUGGUUCGUGAUAUGAGAAAUGAUCCAGAUUUCCAAGAAUUAUUGGAUUGUGGUAAACAAUUAAUUGUUCAAUGGACUGGAGGAGAUGAACAAAUUGUCAAUGCCAUGAGAAAUUCAUUGCGUGAUAUCUAUCGUGCAUUCAAGAAUGAUAAAGAAUUGAAUGAAUUAUUCCAAGAGAGUGAGAAUGAUAUUAAACGAUAUUUAGACAAUCCUCAACUCAUGCAACAAGAAUUGAAUCAUAUCAAGUAUAAUUUGAGAAGAAUUCGUGAAAAGAUUGUAGAAAAGAAGGAUUUACGUGCCAUUGAUCGAUUCAAUUCUCAAUUGAAUAGAGCCAUUCAAAAGAUGCGUAACGAUGAAUUAUUGAAUGAAUUGAAUGCAGAGUCUCGUCAAUUACUCUCAGAUCUCUUUUUAGAUUCAAAGGGUGAAUUUACAUUCAAGACAGAGACCAUUCAAGAAUUGAGAACCAUGUUAGUCGCUCUAUUGAAAGAGAGUGUUGAGAAAUUGACUGAUUUAGACAUUCAUUAUAUUGAUUCAGAUCUCGAGUACAAGUUAUCAAAUCUUCAUAUCAAUGCCAGCGAUAUUCUACCUUCUCAUGUUGCUUUCAGUGCACACUCAGUCACGAACAUUGAUUACAGUGAAGAGAAUUUGGCACAAUCUCUUCAAGGUACCAAAUCCAUUCUCGUCAUGCACUUGUCAGGAAUGGUAUGCCAUUUGAAAGAUGUUCAAUUCUCAUUCCAACGAUUUUCAUUCCCUCAAAUCAGUGAUGAAGGUUUAUUAGAUAUUGACACUGGUGAUAUUGGUUUAAUGAUACACUCCAAGAUUCUCAUUGAUACGACAACACCAACCAUUGGUAAUGAAUUCUUUUUGAGUGAAUCUGUGAGUGUGGAUAUUGAUGAAUUGAAAUUGACCUUUACCAAAACAGCUCAUCAUCAAUUGCUCUUGAAAUUACUCUCUCCAUUCAUUCAGAACAAUGUGCGAAGAAAACUCAAAGAACAAAUUCAAUACGUGUUGAAUUAUUCUCAACAGCAGGCAUUGCACAAGUUGAAUCGUGCUUUGGAACAGACCAUGAAGAGUAAUAAGGGAAAUAUUGGAUUGUCCUCAUGGGUGAUGGGUGGUGGAAGUGGAAUGGAAGGGGGUGGUGGAUCUAGUACAACGACUACCACUUCGGACGUGCUUGCCUCAAAGAUUGGUAGUGCGACUGUAUAUACAGGUGGUUAUCAAGAAUUGUGA